AUGGCUUUAAGCCCUUGCGGCUGCUGCCUGCUUCCACUCUCUCUUCCCCGACGACGGCUUGAAGCUCAAGCUCUGGUGGUGAUAGAAUUUGUGAAUGAUGAAGAGGGAAGCAAGGUGGUGAUGGCUGCUGCUGCGUGGGAAUGGAGGAGAAGCAAGGGGGCUGGGAUCUUUGGUUUGGUGGUGAGCAAGGUGGAGAAGGAGGAGAAGCUGCUUGCUUGUGGUGGUCAAGGUAGAGGUCGGCGGAGGCCCAUCACACGGUUCUUGGGCCGGUUCAACACCGGGGUUGGAUAUGGACUCGUCAUUGACAUUGAAAAUGACACUACCUGGGUUGAAUCUGGCGCAACCAUUGGUGAAUUGUACUAUGCCAUUGCUCAGGAAAGCCCUGUUCGUGGAUUUCCAGCCGGAACGACUCCAGUUGUCGGCGUUGGCAGGCAUUUCAGUGGUGGUGGAAAUGGCUAUCUUAACAGGAAAUAUGGGCUAUCUGCUGAUAAUGUUGUCGACACGAUUGUGGUCGAUUUUCGGGGUCAAAUUCUAAACAAAGAAUCAAUGGGAAGUGAUUUUUUCUGGGCUAUUAGAGGCGGUGGAGGAGCAAGUUUUGGAGUCAUACUUCCCUGGAAAAUCAAGCUGGUUAGCGUCCCGCCGGUAGUCAUAGUUUUCAGAUUAGCCAAGACAUUCGAACAAAAAGUCAUUGAUCUUGUUCAUAAAUGGCAAUGCAUUGCAUCUGAUUUGCCAGAUUAUCUCACCAUUGCCGUCGCAAUACAGAGAUUUGGUCCCCUGAAUCAACAUAGCACUGAAGUUAUCAAGAACAGGUCAUACAACCCAUUUGAUGCUAAUGUUAAGCUCAAGAUAGACUUGGUUCAGAAACCUCUGCCUUAUGUAGCUGUUCAACAGUUCUGGAAAUGGUGUUCAGAGGCAGAGUAUCCAAGGUUGCAACUCCAUCCUUUCGGCGGAAUCAUGGGAAGUAUAUCGGAAUCGAAAAUCCCAUUCCCACAUAGAAAAAGUGUUCUGUUUGAAAUCAUGUACAUUGAGUCCUGGUUCAAUGAUGGAGAAGGGAAAAAUUCGGAGAAAUACUUGAAUGAAGUCCGAGGAUUAUACGAGCUGAUGACGCCGUAUGUUCAAAGCAAUCCAAGAGGGUCUUAUGUGAAUGGAGAUGAUCUUGAUUUCGGCACAAAUGGUAAUGAUCCUUGUGGAGCUCCUAUUCUAAAGCUAAGGCUUCAUGGGGUUCAAUGUACUUCAAGAAAAGUUACUGAUUUAGAGCAUUGGAAGUCAAAGAAGAGGAUAAUGGCGAUACUUGUUUCUGUGAUGAUGAUUGCUAGUAAAGGAGGUAGUGAUUUGGCUGAGGACAAGAAAGAAUGCCAAGACCAAAUAAUAGACCUAUCUUCAUGUCUUCCUUUUCUAAGUGAGGAGAGUAAGUUUCCAUCUCCAAUUUGUUGCAUUCAUCUUGCAGAGAAGUAUGAUAAGGAGAAGAGGAGAUGUUUGUGUAUGGCUGUGAGAGACAGAAAUGAACCGGGCUUCGGUUUUAAAGUGAAUGCCACACUUGCAUUAGCCCUUCCAUUUAUUUGUCAUAUUCAGGCUAAUGUCACACAAUGUAUUGAUUUUCUGCAAAUGGAUCCUCAGUCACCAGAAGCACAGAUCUUCAAGCAAUCAUAUGACAAUAUCCUCGGAAAUUCCAGCAGGAAUGCUACAACAAAUGUCACAGAUAGUUCUGCAUAUUCAAGUACCAAUCCAAGUUCAAGUUCUAGAAAUCAUGGAAAGAAAUGGCUCAACAUGGGGAUGGCUGGAUUCGUUUCAGUUUGGCUUAUGAUAUCAAGUGUCAUCUGUGUUAUCUAG